AUGGGCGCCUGGCUGCUGCUGUUGCUGCUGGGCUGUGGAGCCUCCAGCGCCGCGAGCAUCUACCUGAGCAGCUGGGCCGUGCGCGUCCCUAGCGGCCCCCAAGAGGCCCAGCGCCUGGCCCGCAGGCACGGGCUGCUUUACCUGGGCCAGGUGAUUGCCGGAGAACCCUACUUCCACCUGAAACACAGGGGCGUGGCCCAGAAGUCUUUAACCAAGCACCGGGGGUGGCACCUCCGCCUGAAAAGAGAUCCUCAGAUCCCGUGGUUUGAGCAGCAGGCGCUGAAGAGGCGGAGGAAGAGAGCCGCCACGAUUGUCCCCACCGAUCCGUGGUUCCAUAAGCAGUGGUACAUGAACAACGAUAUCACUCCAGACCUGAACGUCCUCACCGCAUGGAGCCAGGGUUACACCGGCUUAGGCGUGGUGGUGAGCAUUUUGGACGACGGGGUCGAGAAGAACCAUCCUGACCUCGAGGCGAAUUACGAUCCUUUGGCAAGCUACGACUUUAACGACAAUGACCCGGAUCCUCAGCCGCGCUACAACAGGUGGAAUGAGAACAGACACGGAACCCGCUGCGCAGGAGAGGUCGCCGCUGCCGCUAACAACCACGUCUGCGGAGCCGGUAUCGCGUACGGGGCCAAAAUUGGAGGCGUCAGGAUGCUGGACGGCGACGUGAACGACAUCGUGGAGGCCCAGUCGCUGAGCCUCCAGCCGCAACACAUUGACAUCUACAGCGCCAGCUGGGGCCCCGAAGAUGACGGGAAGACGGUGGACGGCCCGGGGGUCCUGGCCAGAGAGGCCUUCCGCAAGGGGGUAGCCAAUGGACGCGGAGGUCUGGGCUCUCUCUUCGUCUGGGCCUCCGGGAACGGCGGCCUCCGGAAGGACAACUGCAAUUGUGAUGGCUACACCAACAGCAUCUACACCUUAUCCGUGGGCAGCACCACCGAGAGCGGCCGGGUGCCGUGGUACACCGAGGCCUGUGCCUCCACCCUCACCGCCACCUACAGCAGCGGGGCCAAGGGGGAGAAGCAGAUUGUGACUACCGAUCUGCGUCACACCUGCACAAGCGGUCAUACGGGCACCUCCGCCUCGGCUCCCCUCGCAGCUGGCCUGAUUGCACUAGCUUUGGAGGCCAACCCAGCUCUGACCUGGAGAGACAUGCAGCACCUAGUGGUGAGAGCCUCCAGCCCAGCUCACCUGCAGGCGGACGACUGGGUCCGGAAUGGAGUCGGGCGCCAAGUCAGCCACUACUACGGGUACGGGCUCUUGAACGGCGGGCACUUGGUGGAGAUGGCCAAGAAGUGGCAGAGGACUCGGCCUCAGCGGAAGUGCUUCAUUCAGGUGGUCUACAAGCCAAUGGCCAUCGGUUCGCGGCUGUCCGUCUCGCGGAACGUCUCGUCCUCCCCCUGCCUUCAGAGGAGAAGCCGAGGCAUCCGUUCCCUGGAGCACGUCCAGGUCCAGUUGUGGCUCACUUACAGCCGGAGGGGAGAUCUGGCCAUCUCGCUGACCAGUCCCAUGGGAACCACCUCCACCCUGGUGGACGUCAGGCCCUACGACACCAGCCGAGAAGGCUACAAGGACUGGUCUUUCAUGUCGACCCACUACUGGGAUGAAGACCCCCAGGGGACCUGGACCCUCCUUCUGGAAAACAAGGGUGAUGCGUAUAACACAGGGCUCCUCAAGAACUUUGUCUUAAAACUCUACGGCAACGAGGAAGACAUGGCAGCCCGACAGGCAGCUCCCUUCGUGGUGGCCAAAUGUGUGCUGCACAAUCGUGACGGGACCUGCCAGGAAUGCCCCAGCCCACUCUUCGCAGUCCGGCACCUCUGCCUCUCCUACUGUCCGCCCAGGUACUACCGCCUGUCCCGCCAGGCUCUCCACCCCAACGGGACCCGGCGCACCAUCCGAGCCUGCGACCCCUGCGACCCCUCGUGCUACACUUGCCUGGCGGGAUCGGCCCACAACUGCAGCGCCUGCCCGUCCCACAGCACCUACGAGGGGCGCACCCACACCUGUCCGCGCUCCCCCUCCUUUGCCUACCUGCCCCGCGGAGGGCUGUUCGCCCUGGGGGACACCCGCCUUCUCCUCCUGGUGGUGGCCGUACUGCUGGGCCUAGGACCCGCGGCCUUCUGCACCUUCUAUGCUUUGUGCCGCACGCGGCGGAGGAAACUGGUGCCAUCCGAGGCGGAGGCGGAGGCCGUCAGCCUGGAACUGCUUUACCUCCACCGUCCCGGGGCCAAGGAGAACUUGAACAGGGUGUCCUAG